AUGGUAGUAUAUCACUCACCAAGCGCGUCGCAUGGUGACUUUAUGACACUUCUGGAAGAUAUAGUAGAGGAGUUAACAAUAAAAGAAGAAUGUAUAGUAAUUGGUGACUUUAAUAUANAUCUUAUGUUAGAUUUCUUUUAUGCAAAGAAGCUGCAAACGACAAUGCUGAGCUUAGGUAUAAAACAAUAUGUUAAUAAACCGACAAGAAUCACGAAAGACAGUCAGACAAUCAUUGAUUUAAUCUUCGCUAAUAAUGAUAGUUUAGAAGUACAGGUAGUUUACGAACCUAAAAUUACGGAUCACGCAUGGCUUCAAGUUAAACUUGGUGCUAAUAGAAGUGAAACUAACUAUAGAGAAUUUAGCGCUAGAAGCUUUAAGGAAUUUGACGUAAGUGAAUUUGCCAGGUUAGUGGCAAAUAAAUUGCAUAACAAACAAGAUAUGGAGGUCAGUAUGAGAGCGACAAAGCUAGUUGACAGCAUAGUAGAAGCGUUAGAUGUAGUAGCGCCGAUAAGAAAGUUUAGAAUUCCGAAAGUGUGGGAAGGGAAAAAAUGGUUCUCAGAUGAAAUAAGAGAAGCAGCUGAUAGAAAGGAUAAAGCAUACAAGAAAGCGAUUUAUGAAAAUAGGGAGCAAAAUUGGUUGCAGUUUAAAACUGAAAGGAAUACAGUUGUACAAUUAAUUAGAGAUAAAAAAAGAGAGUAUUAUAAAAAUAUGAUAGAUCUCAACAAGGAAAACUCUACGACUAUGUGGAAAACCUUGAAAGAAAUAAUUAAAGAUACUUUCAACGGUACAAAUAAAAAAAUUAUUUAUGUUAUCGAGAACAAAGGAAGUAUGGAAAAUUUUGAGAUGAUAGGAGUAGACAAGUUAGAAAAAAUUGUUAUGAGCUUACCAAAAAAGAAAGGUACGAAUAAGGGCAUAACUAGUGAUGUAUUAAAAGCAGCUUUCUGCGUAAUAAAAGAAGAGUUUGCAAAUGUAAUAAAUAGUUCUUUGAGAGUUGGUUGCUGUCCGGAAGGAUGGAAAACUUCGACGAUAGUGCCGAUACCAAAAAUAGAUAAAACGAGAAAAGCGAGUGAAUACAGACCUAUUAAUAUAUUACCAGUAUUUGAGAAAGUGUUAGAAUUAAUAGUAAAAGAACAACUUGAAAUGUAUCUAGAAACAAUUGAGACCAAAACGAAAGUGAUCGGUUCAACCGUUCUUUAA